AUGACCAUGACCUCCUCAUUCUCGACCUCGUCCUCUGCCUAUGCCCCCACCAACGUCAAGAAUAUCACCGUCUUCGGCUCAGGGCUCAUGGGCGCCGGUAUCGUCCAGGUCGCGGCCCAGAACGCGUUCAACGUCACGAUGGUCGACCUCAACCCCGAGGCCCUCAAGAAGGGCCAGGACAUUAUUACCUCGUCCCUCAAGCGUAUUGCCAAGAAGCAGUUCCCCGAGGAUGCGGACAAGCAAAAGGAAUUCAUCGACAAGACCAUGUCCAAGAUCAAGAUCAGCACCGACUCUGAGGCUGCCUCCAAGGAUGCAGAUCUGAUCGUCGAGGCUAUUGUCGAGAACCUGAAGACCAAGCAGCAGCUGUUCGCCAUGUUGGACAAGGUCGCUCCCGAGCACACCCUCUUCUGCUCCAACACCUCCUCCUUGCCCAUCGAGGAAAUUGCCAAAGCCACCAAGAGGGCAGAUCGCUUCGGAGGACUUCACUUCUUCAACCCCGUCCCCCAGAUGAAGUUGGUCGAGGUGAUCCGCACAAACGAAACCAGCCAGGACUCUUUCGAUUCGCUCAUGGAUGUCUGCACGCGCAUGAAGAAGACCCCUGUCUCCUGCAAGGACACCCCUGGAUUCAUCGUCAACCGUCUCUUGGUCCCUUACAUGAUGGAGUCUCUCCGCAUUGUUGAGCGUGGCGAAGCUACUCCUCAGGAUGUUGAUACCGCCAUGAAGUUGGGUGCUGGAUUCCCCAUGGGUCCUUUCGAGCUUGCCGACUUCGUCGGUCUGGAUACCAUGAAGUUCAUUGUCGAUGGCUGGCGCAAGGAUGGCAAGAUCGAUGCCAACUUGGUCGCUCCCGUCAAGCUUUUGGAGGAGUUGGUUGCUCAGGGCAACUUGGGACGCAAGUCUGGACAGGGCUUCUACCCUUACAACGGCGUUGCAGGCAAGAAGUAA